AUGGCCGCUCCAAAUGCUUCACGACCUGUUUCCUGGUCGGAUACGACAGCAGCAUCAACAAGGCCACCAAGUCCCGUCAAUGUCGAAAAGAUUCCUGGUAGAAGUCGUCAGCCAUCAACUGAGGUGGGCUUGAAGUCAGAUUCUGAUCCUGAGAAAGGACCUCAGCCGAGUUCAAAUCAAGAUGCAACACCAAUCGCUGAUGGGGCUUCAUCGCAAGUUCGCCCUGCGACUCUCGACUGGGACGGCCCUGACGACCCUUUGAACCCUCAUAACUGGAGCGCAGCCAGGAAGUGGUAUCAGACAUACACGAUCUCCGGUAUUGCGCUUGUGGGGACAUUCGCAUCGUCCGUCUUCACACCUGCCAUCGAACAAGCAGCGACAGAGCUGAGCUCGACGCAACUUAUCGCGACAUUUGCAUACUCGAUAUAUGCCCUCGGACUAGCUUUUGGUGGACCGUUCGCUGCUCCUCUUAGUGAAACUUUUGGAAGACGACCCCUCAUCUUCAUCAGCUUGCCCAUCUUUGCGCUCUUCAUCCUAGGCACAGGUUUCGUGCAAAGUAUGGCGAGUCUGGUGGUGCUGAGAUUCUGGGCUGGCUUCUUCGCUGCGCCUAGUCUGAGUAUGGGGUCAGGUACGUUGAGCGAUAUCUGGCCGCCUGAGAAGCGCUCUGGUCCCAUGUCGCUUUACGUCGCAACACCAUUCUUUGGCCCAGCAUUAGGACCAAUCCUGGGUGCUGCCGUAACCCAAACACGUGGCUGGCGCUGGACGUCAUGGUUGAUACUCUUCUUCACUAUCAUUCUCGUCAUUGCACCAGCGCCAUUCUUCCGUGAGUCGUACAAACCUGUCCUCCUACGUCGCCGCGCGAAGAAACGCAAUCUUCCGCUCCCAAGAUCGCCAACCGAAGGCAUGUCGUUGCCGAAGGUCGUCAGCACUUAUGCCACCAAAACCCUCACUCGGCCCAUGCACAUGCUGCUCACGGAGCCGAUUGUGGCAACCUUCAACACGUACUCUGCUUUCAACUUUGGCUUGCUGUACGCCUUCUUCGCCGCUUUCCCGUAUGUGUUCGAGACAGAGUAUGGGUUCGAUAGCAUAUCCACAGGUCUUACAUUCCUCGGCCUGGGUGUCGGUGUCAUUGUAGCCACCGUUUGUAUUGUAUCGUUCAGCAAACUCUUCUACCUGCCUCGCGUGCGGAAGGCGGUUGCAGAGAAGAGGCCAGCUCCGGCCUUUGCAACAUCACGGCUGGCGCCUGAAAAGCGCUUGCCGCUUGCAUUCGCUGGUGGGCCCAUUCUCACUAUCGGCUUGUUCCUCUUUGGCUGGUCUGCAGCCUGCCGUGUACAUUGGAUUGUGCCAACCAUUGCCGAAGCCUUCUUCGGCAUGGGCAAUAUGCUUAUCUUCAUGGCAUGCAUGAUGUAUAUCACUGAUACGUACGGACCACUGUACAGUGCCAGUGCCAUGGCCUCGAAUGCUAUAUUGCGUGGUUAG